AUGAGCCCUACCAGGGCAGAGGAAAAGCGAGAUUGUCCUCCUGAUGACUCUGAUUCGGAAGAUAUUUCACGGAAUCUCGACUCCACAGCACGAAUACGUGCCUUGACCUUCUCUUCUUCACCCCCGCAACGUCAACAUCGUUCGGGCCGGCAGUUUAAAAGAACGGAUGAUUCGACACAAGAAUCUUUGGAUUUCUGUACUCAACGCUGCCUGCUAUCAUUGAAAACUGGUGACUGGCUGGAUGAAAAUUGUCCAAAUGUCGAUCGUCACCGAAACGCUAAUAGCAAACACCACCAGAUCCAUGUCUCCGACUUCUUGCGCCUACUCAAAUGGCAGCUAGAUAAUGAUCUAGACCACUACUGUACCCCAUGUGGGGAAUCAGGGAUCCGUGGCUUUCCUUUCAAGAUCAGCUUGAUGCCGUUCGGAUAUACAAUACUUGGAAAGGGGACCACCGACCGCCGGUGGCCUAUCGUCCGGCAGGAAGAAAAUGUAUAUCAGGUCCUGCGUUCAGUGCAAGGUUCUGCGGUGCCGGUUUUCCUCGGCACUAUCGAUAUCGAAUGGAUCUAUUUUCACGAAGGGUUUAGGAUCACUCACUUCUUAAUCUUGUCAUGGGGUGGAGAUCAGUUUAAUCCACUCUGCUGCGAAGAAGAACGGUGGAACGAGUACCAGCGAACAAAAGAGGAUAUCCGACGCUUGGGUGUGAGACAUGGAGAUCUACACGAAUCCAAUAUACUCUGGAACACAGAGUUGGGUCGCGUACAGUUCAUUGAUUUUCACAAAGCUGAACUAUCAUGGACAAAGAAGCGCAAACGAGAUGCGACAAAUUCGUCACGUCCAAGGCGAAAAUUUUUACACCUAAGGGAGAGGAAUCUUGAAUUGCCCAGUCGCCACAAUGAAAGAGAGCAUUCCAUAGUCUUACGUGGACAUCAUUUCCUCCGUUUGCCUGCCGCUGGACGUGCGCCCUUCAAAGUCACUUUAACCGAGUAUGGAUACACAUUUGUAGCCAAUGGCGUGCAGAAGGCAAAUGAGCGCGACUUGGCCCAUGAAAUCAACAUGUACUCAUAUAUUUCGCCUUUACAAGAAAGGAAUAUCCCGGUCUAUCUUGGUAGGAUCGCUGUUACGCGGCCAUAUUCUCUUGUCAUAAUCUCCAACGACGGACUUUGUGGCAACGAUAUCAAGCUUGAAGAUUCCUGUUGUCAAUGUGUUCUUUUGAAAGCUUCGGGCCGCGUCAUCCCAACCAAUAAAGGGUCUUCCACCGGGUUUUCGACUUGGAAAGUUCUCAGCUUCAGCUAG